AUGCAUUGAGUUACCCGAUUUCGGAAGUUCUGUGCAACUCUUUCAAGCAUAUCGACGGGUAUGUAGGUGAUAGCUUGGCGUAUGUUGUUUUUAAGAUGAGGUAGGGUCCUUGGACGGUCAUUGUAUACAAUUGAUUUCAGAUAACCCCAUAAAAAAAGUCACACGGAGCCAAAUCGGGGGAACGAAACAAAGUCGCCUCUCGUUGAGAUAAGGCGCUCUGCGAAAUAUUAAUUCAAAACAUCCAUUGAACAUCGCGCGGUGUGUGCCGUGGCUCCAUCCUGUUGAAAUCAGACAUCCCUAACAUUCAUUUAUGCGAGUGAAGGCAGACAAAAUCCUUCAAUCAUUUGUGUAAUGAGCCGCAGUCACCGUGACUGCACGUUCAUUUUCCUCAAAAAAAUAAGGACCAAUUAUCCCUGUCUUGACACUGCACACCACACAGUUACUCGUUCACAGUGAAGUGGCCGCUGAUGAAGUUCACGCAGAUUGUUAUCACUCUAAUAACGCAUGUUUUGCUUGUUUUCACUGCCCGAAAUGUGAGUUAGCCUCAUCACUGAACAACACGAGUGCGUCAUGAGCCAAGUUUUCACGGAGCACUUCACAUGCAUUUCGGCGAGCAAUAAAAUUGCGUUUACUAAGCACUUGUCACAACCAUUUUGUAGGGAUGAAAGUUCAGUUCAUUAUGAAGAAUUCGUCUCACACUGCGGUCCGAAAUCCCCAGAGCAGCGGCGUGUUUACGUGCUGAACACCAUGGAGAGCGCAAAAAUGACUGCCUCACUCUCUCAAUGUUUUCGGCGGUAGUGACAGUCCGCGGACCUCCUGUCCCACUUUUCAUCACGCUUCCACUCGCCCUCAAUGUGUCCGCCCACGUGACAUUCAAUUGCCGACCAGGAACUGGACCUGCAGGACGAAUGUUGAACCGAAUACGGAACGCUUGUUGAGUGGCGAUAAUGGAACUGCCAUUAGAAAAGUAAGCCUCGACGGCAAACGCGCGCUGCUCGUUGGUCCAAUGCAUGGCAGCAACUGACUAGGCAGGUGACAACACGUCAUGGAUUGCCCUUUCGAACGAGACCCUCCCCACCCUUUUCCGACCCCUUCUCACUUCUUGACGCGAAAUACAAAAAUUGGCCCGAAUUCUCUAUUACGACCAUUCCGUUUAUAAGUCCGUUUUUCCGGAAACCGUGAGGGGUCAUAUCAGCGAGAUUCUACUGUAUAUUUUGGUACAAACUUCCUGCUAAAUAAAUUAAAUUAAUUUACUAUUUUAACUUGUAUUUGUGUUUAAGAGAGAUUUUGAUUAAAAUGCUCAAUUACUUGACAUUUAGAUGCUAUAUGGUGUAUUCACUUUCACUUCGGUGUAAUAAGUAUAUUGAUGUGCAUUUCUGUUUUCACAAAUCACCAUAUAAUCUUGUCCCUAAUCUAUACAAUAGUUGGGGGAUAGAGAAACUUAGCAACAAUAUCUUAACUAGCACAACAUUGCUUGAUGUAAGUUUUUGGACAUACGCCAUUGCUAAGAACUUUUUCUGUUGAAGAAAAACUAAUAAAUAAAAUAAUAAGUAUUGUUACCAAGGUGAAACCAGCCACAGAAAAAUUACAAACUCACAACUGUGUGUAUCAAAUCCCCUGUGAAUGUGGCCACAUGUACAUAGGUGAAACUGGCAGAGCUCUAUCCACCCGAAUCAAAGAACACAAAAACAACUGCAAGAAGGGUGAAACCCUAAAAUCCAGACUUGCUGAACAUUCAUGGGAAAAUAGCCACAAAAUUCUCUGGGAAGACUCCACACCACUCAUACAGGAAUCCGAUAAAAUAAAAAGGAAAAUCAAAGAAUCAGCCUUCAUUAUUAGCAAUAAAAAUAUUUUCAGCCAGCAGAGCAUUGAAUUAAAAAAUAUGUGGAUCCCUUUGAUAAAGAGAGAAACAUCCCUGCAGCACAAAACAAUAGCCAAUACUCAACCCACCAUAACCAAUCCGCUUUAACUACAUGGUGCACAGCCAAUGGGGAGACAGCUCGUCUGUCAUUGGCUGAGCAAGAUGUAGCCCUUUCUCUGAUAAAUACCCUCAUUUUCCAGCCCCUUCUCAGUCGCACCUGUGUUUCCGUACCAUGUGCGUCUCUGCCUGAGGACGGGAGCAGAUAGCAGUUCCCGAAACGUCGCUUGUUUCUGUUUAGGUAAAACUAUUGUAUUUGUUUGUUUUUUCGUUUUGUCAUGUUUUUUGUCUCGCUUCAACUGUUGUGCUGAAUCAUUUUGGGUUUCAAUAUUUUUGUGUUGUCAUCAUUUGUGGGGAUUUUUUCGUUCUCUUAGUACAUUUUUCUUUGUUUUUUCUUUGUUUGCUGACCAUAUUCCUGUUUCGGAAUAUUUUGUGGUGUUCAUAUCCUUGUUGACAACAGCAAUUGUUUGCUUAAUUUUGUGUGUUUUUUGUAUCUUUUUUUGAGUAUUUUUAUUUUUAUUUAUUUAUUUUAUUUAUUAGUUUUUCUUCAACAGAAAAAGUUCUUAGCAAUGGCGUAUGUCCAAAAACUUACAUCAAGUCAUGCACUCCCAUUGCACAAAUCUUUUAAAGAUAAUAGCACAACAUUUUAUACACCAACAAGCUCUCCCUAAAAUUGGGAGGCCAGGAAGAAAGUCUAUCUUCUCUUAUUCAAAGAACUUUUCCAUAUACAGUAAUCUAAUAGGUGUUAGUACCAGGGGUUGUUUGUCGUAUUAUAUUUGUAUUUUUAUUAAUUGAGGCGAACACUAAUAUACUCCAAAUAUACUGUAUAGUUUUUUUUUUUUUUUAAGUUUAUGAGUAAACUACAGUGAUAAAUAGAACUGUGCAAGUAUAAAUUUGUUUUGUUCAAAUCAUAUUAGCAUAAAAAUACAGUAGAAUCUCAUUACUAAGUACUUACGGGAACCUAAAGUUUUGUACUUAGUAAUGAAAAAUACAUACACUUUAAAAAUAAGAGAAAAAUUAUAAAAUAAAAAAUAUUAUAAGAUACAUUAUCAUUUGGUGAACAUCUGACAUCAGUUUAAAUAUAGGUGUUUCUGCAUAACUUAAGUUAAUUUAUUUUUAAAAAAAUCUGUUUUGUUUUUUUGUUUUUUUCACUUUGUUUUUUUCGUUUCAAUGAUGCUCUGUUGAACAAAAUGUUCUAUGUCAUAGAAAGAUUUCCUGAUCUCUUCUGAAACCUUUUCGUGUUUAGAGAUUAAUUUGUUCAGUUUUUCUAAGCUCAGAAUAGCUUCCGUAGCUGUCACAGUCACAAUAAGCUUUUAAUGACUGUGAUCAAAUGACUUCACGAAUGAUGUCGCUGUCAGUCAGCACUGGUGUUGUUUAUAAUUUCAUUAUCCACAGACACAUAGACUGUGAAUGAAACUGCAUGGAGGCUGAUACUUCUGGGUCAAUGUCAUUGCUUUCGCAUGUUUGUGUUGUGUGGUUUGCAUCCUGGUCUGAUCAAGUUGGUGUGAGCUCGUCAACUUUACAUUUUACAUUGCCAGACUUUCUCCAGCAGUUGGCAAUAGUUUCUUGUUGAAAAUUCCACCAUCCAUCCACCUGUGAUCAUCUUAAUUGCCUGACGAACAUUGAUGUUGGUGGGCACUUCAACCUAAUGUUGAUGAGCAACCUCUCAAUGAGGCAUUUUCAAAAAUGUACCUUGGCAUUCUGAAUAAUGCAUGGAUUAAGCCUGAACUGGCGUGGAAUUCUUUGAUGUCCAUAAGCAAUGCAAACUGUUUUGCUGUAACUUGUAACAUUGGGCUAGUUACUGGAACAUAUUUUUAUAGUACUUCUUUCAACCAUUUUCAAAGCAUUUUCCAUACCUUGGUGAUCUCCAGAACAAAGGUUUUUGUGGUCACAACCAAACAAAGUAGCUUAAUACAUUUUUUUUUUUUUUAAUUUUUGCCCGGUCUUUAACAAUUCUACAUUCGGUCUUCGCCGCAAUGCCAUAUGUCUUCGCAACUGCGACCUUUUUCUUUUUGUCCAGUUCUCUGAGCAUUUCUGCUUUUUCUUUGAGCUUGAAUUGCUUUGAUUGAUUGAUACACUAGCGAUUGGGUUUCUGCCCGGUAGCAAGGAGUUUCCCCCCUCUCUAGUCCAAUUUCUGAAGCCUCUUCCUCACUUUCCUCUUCUCGCAUCCAGUAUCUUUCCCUCAAUCCCAUUCCACUCCCUCCCCAUCCUCACCAGGAAUACUUGCCUUCCUCUUGCCGUUCUUUUCCACUCUCUAAAUCUUCCAUCCAUGAUCUUUCCUCCCUCUAUACACCCCUUUGUUCAACCUGUUACCCAGCAUCCCCCCCAACCCCCCCCUCACCCUUUGUCACCCUAAAAAACUUCACCAACUUCUCUACACCUAUCCCUCACUUAGCACGACUAAUGUGUUCCUAAAAAUGCUUGUGUUAAUCGAAAUUGUGUAUUCUGAAGCAUUAGUUUCCAUAAAUAGCAAGGCUAAUUUAUUUAAUGUGUUCCAAAAUUGUGUAGGGAAAUAUACUUUAUAUAAAUAUGUCCCACCAUUAAUCUUUAUAUGCCUCCCAUCGCUCUUUGUAUGUCAAAUUUGACACUGUAUAACAGGAGAUACGUGGUUAUGUACUUUAUCGUCAAUCGGCUGGCUGACUUGCCCAUCUGGACGUGACCUUCAACUCACGUCGCAUACCUUUUCAAACUAUCUUUUACUGACAGUGAAACGGAUACAGUAGAACCUCGCUACUAUGAGAGCUGACAAUGGCAGGAAAAAUCCUUGUAAAGAGUAAUCGAUUAUAAAAAUUAAUGUUAAGUUAGAUUCUGAACCAUCUAAACAGUCUUAAUUUCACACUGUAACUUGAAAAUGGUGUACUAAAGUGAAAAAACCCACUGAAUAAAAGUUGUAGCAAAUUAAAUUACGAAUAGAAAGUGUUUAUAUGAAAUUUUUUGUAUCUACAAUGGUUUUUUAUUUAAUUGCGAAUGAAAUGGCCUGAUAGAAAAACCGGUACUGUUCAAGAACGGAGUGGUGGUAUUUGAAGCGGUGGAGGGGGGGGGAUAAAAUGAAUGGAGGAAGAAAGGUCAUUGGCUGGUCUAUUUUUAGAUUUCCCCUUUGCCGACAUGGGAGGAGAAGCAACUGGCGCCGUCAAGAGAUAGAGAGAUAGUGCAUGUUGAUUGUCACCCACAUUCUUCCCCCCUCUUCCUUGCUUCUACCUGCUAAGGACCUAGUCCGUCGACGUAGCCAUGCAACAUAUACGCGCGGACGUAAAAACAUUUGGUCCUUUAAACUCCAUAGCCGCAACUUAACUUGCCAUAGCUGAUGUUUGUACAACAGCAGAUAGCAUAGUCAAUCUUGCGCACGCAUCUCCCCCCCCCCCCCCCAGUAUACCUAACUGCAUGCCACCACACAUCUAUUGUUUACAGAAGUUGAAACGGACACGGACAUUGUGGCGUCAUGCACGACUUUUUUCACCCCUUCCCUCCUCCACAUACCCAUUGCCCAUCUAGCCCUAGGUAUGGGUCCCAAAUUGCCACUGCAUGUUCAAGCAUUUGCCUCACCAACAUUGAAUACGCCUUCUUUUUCCUGUCCCCUUCAGUGUCUUAGCAAUCAGCCCCAGCCCUCUCCUCCCCUUCAUUACUACCUGCUGCACCUGCUUUCCCCAACCCAAGUCACUCUGUACUCCCAGGUACUUGUAUUCCCCUACCUCCUGAAUCUCUUGCCUUCUCAAAAUCAAUCAAGAUUGUGUCUACCUGUUCGCUCUCAUCCACUGCCUCUACCAAGUCCUUCAGCAGUCCCACCAUCUGCUUCUCACAGGAGAAACCCUUUCUAAAGACUUGUUGCUUCUCGUACAUCCAUUCCAGCUCUCCAAUUUUUCCUACCAUGUACCUCACUAUAAAUUUUUCCAUCACCUUCCCUGCACUUGAUGUUAGGCUGACACCUAUUAUUUUCUGCUUUUGCCUUAUCUCCACCUUCCAUGAAAAUAGGCACCACCACUGCCUUGGCAGUUGUCCCUCCUCCAGUGAUUGCAUACUUGCAAGUACAGUAGAAUCUCGUUAUAGCGAGCACGGUAAUAGCGAGAACACGGCUAUAACGAGGUAUUUUUGAGGAAUUUACGGCGUGAUCGCUUGAAGCGCGCUUUUGUUAUUUGUCUGCUUUAUCUCCACCCCUCUCGCUCGACACUAGACAUCUUGCAGUUGACGCCUGUCACAUUCUUCAGCCUUGCUGUCGCCACCUAAGUGCGUGGCUUUAAAAAUAGAAUCCCAUCCUUUCUUUCAUCAAACUUCCGUUAGUUAUCUGUGCAGUCUGCCGUGUGUAGGCAAAGUUUGAGAUUGGAACAGAAACAACGUAAGAAAGUAUUUUUUCAAAUUAGAAAUAUGUUUUUGUUUUUAUAAUCGCGUAUUUGCACGUUUUUUGGUUGUCAUCUUAAAAGAGAUAAUAUUAAAAAGCCGCUCUAAUGAGAUUUAAUUGUUUCUUGGUUAACAAAAACUAUUAAUUAUCAAAUAUUGUUAAUUGUUUAUAUUCUAUUUAUUAUUAUUUACGCGGCGGCAUACUGUACGCCUACGCAAUACGACUGGAUUCUUUGCUGCAACAUAACAUAGCAUGUUAUGCGGUAUCAGAAGUAACGAGUAACGUAACGAUAGUAACGAGUACUAAUUGUUAUAGUAACGAAUACAUACGGGUACACAUAUUUUCGUUACUUUUACACCUCUAGUAGGCACUACCGUAUUUAUUUCCGAAUCGCUAGGGCAGUUUUCUUGUAACUUUUGUUUCGGUCAGUUGUUGGGGUAUCUGUCCGGGAAAGGGGUGGUGAUGGUUUGAGUUUAAUCCCAAAUUUAUUUUCUAAAAGGUUUCUUUAAAUGAAAAAAGUAUAGUUUUCCAGCGACUAUUUCGUUUGAGGCGUAAGUGCGUUGCCGCAGCUGUACUCCUGCUUUUUUGUAAGGAAUUAAAUCGUCGCGCUACACAAGCACCACCUGUUAGCAAAAUCCCGAACCAACAUGGCCGCCAGCAGACUGCCCGCGUCGACAAUAGAUAGCAGGACAAUGCUGCGUCGGCCGCGGGCUGAGAUGCUAUACUUACGUGGUGUGGUAGGGUAUUCUGGUUAUUUUGACGCAAUCAGUGAUUGCAUCCGUACUUAUGGGGUAUCGUUUUAAAGAAAAUUCACACAUCUGCUCACAGAAAUUAAGAUUUCGUUAAUAUAACCUGUUAUUUUCCAAUUAUACAGGUUUAAACACAAUUUUAUGCUAUUUUCGGUUAAUUUUAAUUUUUGGGGGCCAAAAUUUGUCCAAUUCGGUUAUAGCGAGGACACGGUUAUAGCGAGGAUCAAACCCGGAACCGUGACACCUCGCUAUAACGGGACUCUAGUGUAUCUACAAACCUCCUUUCCCCCAAUUUGAGGUGACUGUUUCCUAUCCCAUUGGUACCAGCUGCAUUCCUCCCAUUUAGUCUACCCACCUCCCUCAUCACACCUCUAUCUUUAUUUCCAGGUCUCUCUCGCCCCUUGGCUUCUUGCCCUGAGCUCCAAACCAUAACUUCCCCUCCACAAAUCAGUAUUUUUGCCUUUUCCAGAUCCACACACUCUCCUGCCCAUCUCUCCCCCUCAUUACUGGUAGCUUCUCCUUCCCCUUUACUCUUCUGACAUUGCAAUACAAAUCCGCCCAAUUUCCCCUACCCCCUUCAUCAUUCAGCAUUUCCAUGUAGGCAUCACUUACCUCCUUUGCCUUUUUCCCCAUUUCCUGGUAUCACAAUUGUAGGUAUCAUCAAGGUCUACUUAUAAUCAGUAAAUUCUAUAGUCUAAAUAAACCAGUCAUUAACAUACCUAAGUCCAGUGGUUAAAUUAUUGAAAUUUGGGGUGCAUUUACAAUCCUACAAAUGAUUGUCGGUGCACAAUAUUCAAAUUUGUGAUAAAUAUGUAAUGAACUUUUAGUAGAAUAUCACAGAAAAAAAUGAAAACACACCUUAAGCUUAUUCAUUCUUAUGUUAGUGAGAAACAUGAGCCAGUAGUCAUUAAAAUAACACACAAUAAUGUGUUAAAAAGAGUAGUAUAUCUAUAUUGAAUUUUUAUAAUGGAGUAACAAUAUUUAUUAUAUCUGGAUGUAUAUUUCCAUGGAAUAUCACAGGGCGAACCUGUGCACCAUGACGCAUACCGUAUAAACCCACGUCUCCACCCGCACCUUUUUUAAAAAAAUCAGGUUCGGAAAAAGUAGGGUGCGUGUGUUACAUGGGUCUUGGGCCAUUUUUGCACAGUGACGAAAUAACACCAGCACAACUGGAGGUUGCUGCGAUAGCAAGAGGGGUAGGGGAAAAGGAUGGGAAGGAAGCGGCACAGUCAAGGUCACAUUCCUCACAGGGUGGUCACACUACAGCUUCGCUGGUUACAAACGCACGCUCCCACGCACUGUCCUACCCUCAUUUGCAAAGUACCCAGGUGUUACACGUGUGUUGGCUGCAAGUAUUGUAAUGAAUCGUAAAAAGUUGUUCUUUCACAGUUGUGGAAAAAUUAAAAAUAAUCAGUGAAGUGGAAGAAAUCGGUAGCCGUGCUGCUGGGCGAAAAUAUGAUGUCGACGAAUCAUGUGUGAGGGAUUGGAGGAUGCAUCUGAAGCGGCAAUACUCAGAGUGGAUGGCGAGCGAAAACCACAAAAUGACACAGACCAGGAGAAUAAGGCGACCUAUCUUGUUGUAUCAGUGGUCUGCGAUCCCAGAAACAUUAGUCGUAAAGAGUUUUAAAAAGUGCUGCAUUUCAAAUGCGCUCUACGGCACGGAAGACGAUUGCGUGAGCUCCGAUGAUGAGUGUUCCGACACUGACAGCAUUGUGGACAACAGCUGUGAGGAAGUUUAAGUCAGUUCUUGGCCGACGGCUGUGACAUGUUAUUCUUUUGUUGAUUUUAUUUCUGUGUGAUUUUGUACAUCACUUUUAUUUAAGCCUAAAUAAAUGCCAUAUUUGUGUUAACCUAAUUUAUAUUUUUAUGUAGAAUAUGCCACAUUUAGGCACAAGGUUUUUUACUAUGCAUGUAAUAAAAAUACAGUGAAACCCUGAUUAUCCGUUUUCCAAUGGACCAUGAAUAAAAAACGGAUAAUCCAGGAAAUCCUACAAUGUGGGAACACACUCUAAAGUUACCAAAUGCACAAUGUAUGUACUAUUGCAAAAACUUUCAGUGAAUCAGUUAGUUAUUUCCUUAAACUGACACCAGCAGCACACUGUAUAUACACUAUCAAUAUUGGAAAAUUAUACUUCCUUAAUUUUUUUAAAUGAACAAAACAAAAUAAACUUCAAAUUUGUAUGUUUUAAGCAAGUAAUUACGUAUGUAUUAUUCAAAAUUUAAAAGGUACAUACUCACCACAUGUUAUAAGAUGCACACUUCUUUCUUAUUUAUAAUGCAGAGAAAUUAUAAGAUGAGUUUUUAUGCAGCAAAAUAUUUUUGGUGUUGGUAAUCACAAGUUUGUUAUUAUUAAUACAAUGUACAAUAAGAAAUACACUUAUUUAAAUCAAAUAAAAGGGGGAAAUAAUGUACAAAUGAACUGUAUAUAACACAAGUCUCACAUCCUCCUUGACACUUAAUUUUUAUUGAAGAAGUCUUGUAUUUUUGUUUGCUUGGUAUCAGAACUUCUUUUAAGACUGAACAGCAAGGUUUGCAUCAUUGAAAUUCUGUCUUCUUCCAAAUCUCCGAGCUUCCGUGCAUAGCAAAAUGCCUUCACUUUGUUGAAAGCAGCUAGUGCUUCCGAGAAUGAGGGUACCUCUUCUCCAUCAUCUUCAUUUGCUGCUUCUUCACUUUCUUCCUUUUGUCCUUGAGCAUCGCUACACAACAUCUCAAUGCUCACCUCACCACACGUAGCAAGAUCAUCGUCCAGACUGCAGUAGGUUUCGAAGUCAACAUCUUCACCCAGCUUUCCCAAUCUUUUUCGAACUCCUUGUCACUCUCCGUCACAAUUUAAUCAACUGGUGAAAUUACCUUUCCAACGCCACAUUUCUGGAAGCAGUGGGAAAUUGUUGUCGCUGUUAUGUUUUUCCACGAAACUGACAAAUAGUGGAUGGCCUGGAACACACUGAUUUUCAAUGGUUUACCUGACUUCUCCUCUCUGGCAUCUAGCAGACCCACUGCCUUCCACACAAGCAUUUUUCUGUAUUGUUGCUUGAAGCACUUUAUUACUCCUGCAUCCAAUGGCUGCAACACACUAGUGCAGUUUGCAGGGUAGAAGACUACUCGCACAUUUCGUAAAAAAGACAUGUCCUUCGGGUGAGCUGUGCAGUUGUCCACAAACAGAAUGAUUUUGUGACAGUAAGUGCCCAUGCUGGAGUCUAGUUCACACAAAAAUGAUCUAAAAAUAUCAGCAGUUACCCAUGACUUUUUAUUGGCGUGGUAUGUAACUGGCAGUGUUUUAACAUUUUUAAAACACCUUGGCUUUGCUGAUUUUCCCACUACAAUGGGUUUCCUUUUGUCACUUCCAUCACUAUUUGCACAGGUAACAACACAGUUAUUCUAUCUUUCGAUUGCUUUCCUCCAUGGCAAGAUUCACCUUGAAAUGAAAGGGUUUUGUCGGGGAGACAGUUGAAGAACAGCCCUGUCUCAUCAGCAUUGUAGAUGUCCCUUGGAGAAUAUCCAUCUAAUAACUGUGGAAGUUGUUCCAGCCACUGCUCAGUAGUAUCUUUAUUUACUACAGCACUUUCUCCAGACAAUUGUUUGUAGGCAAGCCCAUGUCGUUCCUUGAAUCUACAAAUCCACCCAUUGGAAGCUGUGAAGUUUUCAACUCCAAGUCGUAAAGCUAUUUGAAGAGCUUUUUCUUUGAUCAGUGUGCCAUCCACUGGGAUGUUUGAUGCCUGAACUUGCUGGAACCAAGAAAACAAAACUUUUUCAAGCUCACUGUAUUUCGACUGUCUUGCCAUUUUCCGUUUUUUUGAAGACUGGCCGAACUGACUUGCUUGUUUCCGAAUCUCAUUUCUUCUAGCGAAGAUAGAAUUAAGAGUCGAUGGAGGAAUACCAUAGCGCUUUGCCAAAUCAACCCGUUUUUCGCCUGGAUUUUUUUCAACAGCAUUUAUAAUUUCUAAACGCUCUUUAAUGGUUUUAACCUCUUUUGUAGGCCGAUACAUAGUGAUGGGUCGAGACUCGAAAAAUCAAGCGAGUCGAGUCGAGCCGGCGAAACUAAACUCGACUCGAAAACCGAGUUGAUUAGGAUUGUGUCCUCGAGUCUCGUCAAAGUUUAGUUUUCGGCUCGACCAUAAUGUUGCACAAUUUCCAAUCGUGAAGGUACUUAUCCGAAUUCAUGCACUUUAAAAUGAAAUAAAACGUAUUAUUUAGGCCUACCUAGUGUAAAACCUCUGAUCCAACACUGAAAACCUUGAAAACAAAGUCGGAAGAUUAUUUAUUUUCGAUCGUGUAUAACCGCAAACAGUGCAUCCCAUCCUUCAAUAUGCACUUAAUAUUUCUAAUUGCAACAAAAUACCUUUAUUUAACUAUAAUGGAAUUAAAAAAUGUUCCCUAGAUUCAAUCAUGAACGAGAUCACGUCAGUAUUUGGGCAGCUUUGUAAGUAAAUAAUAUUUACUACUAAAAACUAGUUAGCCGCCAUUUUAACUCCGGGCCAAUGGCCUACGUAAGUGAUAAUACAGCCAGGGAAUGUUGCCACUUUGACAAAUCGAUAUAGACAAUAAUUGAUAUCUCCAACCAGUUAUCCAUGGCCGAACGGAAAAUUGAGGCUGUUGAAGUUUAUGUUUACACUUCAAUGUAAUGUUUACGUCGCCGGCGUCGUAUUAAUCAUAAACGGUUUAUAAUUAGUGGAAUGGAUGUGUUUGUACGGCCUGGGACGUCACAAAGUGACGAACAUAAAUCAAGAGCAGAUAUUUGGGAAUUCUUUGAAAAAAUUGAUCAUCAGACAGCUAGAUGCAAGUGCUGCAAAAAAAUUUACAAGACUCCGUCAUCAUCAACUUCAAGUCUGAUUCGUCACUUGGAUGUGCAUUUUCACUUAAAGCGUCAGUAUGAAGACAAAAAAAAAGACAAAAAAUCAAAAUGUGUAGGGCAACCUUCAAUAAUUCAAAGUUUUGAGGCGAAAACAAUGUUGUUGCACGACAGUUCACGCUCAAAAACAAUUACAUCAAAAAUCGCACACAUGCUUGCCUUGGACUAUCAGCCCUUUUCAAUUGUGAAUGACCGUGGGUUUAGGGAAUUAAUAAAUUUUCUUGAGCCUCGAUACAGUAUUCCAAGCAGGAAGCAUUUCUCAAAGACGGUUGUGCCCAAACUCUACGCAGAUACUCGGGGCAAAGUUGCAGAAUCGUUGCAGUGUGAGCUACAAACUGCUCAGUCUUUCUCAUGGACAUUGGACAUAUGGACUUCUAGAGCACAAGUACCUUUCAUUUCACUGACAGCUCACUACCUCAAUGCAGAAUUCUGUCUCCAAAACAGGACAUUAGAUUGUUCACACUUCCCAGGAGAGCACACUGGUGCUGCAAUCUAUGAGAAGAUCUGCCAUUUAACAGCUGACUGGAAAAUUAGUGCUCUUCUCAUAUCCGUACCCGUUUAUGUUGUUAGUGACAAUGCCAGAAACAUUAAAGCUGCUCUUACUGGCAAACCUGUUGAGCAUUUAUUCUGUGUUGCUCAUACCUUGCAGCUUGCAAUUGAUAAUGCUGUUACACAAGUUGGCAUGGGCAAGAUUUUGAAGAAAUGUCGCUCCAUCGUUGGGCAUUACAAGCAAAGUAGCAAGGCAAGUGAAAGACUCCAUUCACUGCAAUCUAAGUUGGGCUUACCUGAACACUCCCUCUGCCAAAUGGUGGAGACGCGCUGGGACAGUGUUUACAUAAUGUUGGAGCGACUUCAGGAGCAGAAGGAGUCAAUAUCUGCAGAUUUGCCAAACACUGUCAAAGAUAGUCUUACAACACAGGAAUGGCGACUAAUUGAAGGCUACGUUACCAUCUUGAAACCUCUUUUUCUGGCAACGAAAGAGCUCUGCCGAGAAGAUUCCCCCACUAUUUCCAUUGUCCGACCUCUUCUGUUUAGUAUAGAAGGAUAUUUAAAAAAACUAUUUGAGUUUACAUUCUGGAGAAUAUGGAAGUGGAAUUACACUGGCAAGAGAACUCUCCAAGUCACUGGCCACUCGUUUUCAGUGUAUCAAAGAAGUACAAACCUAUUUGCUAGCCUCUGUGCUUGACCCACGGUUCAAAUGUGUUGUGUUUGAAAGUCAUGAACAGCUGCUAGCAAAGAAACUGAUAGUUGUGGAGGCCAAAAAAAAGGCAAAGCUGAUGGACCCUCAAGGAAACUACAGAGUUCACAAACCAUCAGCAAACAUUUCUCCACAAGCAUCUACAUCUGCACAUGACCUGUGGGGGUGUUUUGAAAUAAAGUCAGUGGAAACAAAGCCUCGAAUUGAUCAGGUGGAUGUGGUAGAAAAUGAGGUUGAGACAUUCCUACAAGAGUCCGUAAUAAAUAGGACAGACGAUGCCCUGGCAUGGUGGAAAAACAAUAAGACAAGGUUUCCACAUGUAGCCCCUGUAGCCCAACAUUAUUUGGGAAUACCUGCUACAUCAGUAGCCAGCGAGCGGCUAUUCUCAAAAGCAGGUCAAGUGGUGACCGUGAAGAGGCAAAACCUGUCUCCUAAGACAAUUGAGAAAUUGGUCUUCCUCCAUGAUAAUUUGUAAAAACUUGUAGAUAGCAUGAACUAAUGUGAUUUUUGUACAUUCAUCUUGAACAUUUUACUUUUAUAUUUGUAAUGUUAAAUUCAUGUAUCUUAAAUUUAGUGGUCUUUUGAGAAAUUAGAACAAAUUCAAAGAAACUUUAAUUU